AUGGACAUGGACUUGCCUGACUCAUCUGUGAGGGCAAGGUGCGACUUGCGGCAACUCAUUUUUUUGAGAGACGACUGCUCAUUGGAGUUGCCCAAGACCUUCCAGAUCGACCGCAUUCCACCUGGCAACGAGAAUCUCUGCGUACACCACAUUUCAACUCUCCAAGACCCCAGUGCGAUGUUGCGUCGGCGUGAAGCAAGGGCCCCCAUUGUCAACGCUUCUAAUCAACGCAGUCAAGCUCACAUCGUCUUCCGCUGCUGUGAGCCUGGGCGAGGACUUCCAACAGGACAACACGUAUCGGCGCGACGAGCACCACAGCCGUCGGCCGCCUCGCCGUCGGCCGCCUCGCCGUCGGCCGCCUCGCUGUCGGCCGCCUCGCCGUCGGCCGCCUCGCUGUCGGCCGCCUCGCCGUCGGCCGCCUCGCCGUCGGCCGCCUCGCCGUCGGCCGCCUCGCCGUCGGCCGCCUCGCCGUCGGCCGCCUCGCUGUCGGCCGCCUCGUCGUCGACCGCCUCGCCGUCAGCUUUCGGCGUUUCCACGUCACGGUUUGUCGUGCCUCCGCGAGCCUGGGCGAGGACUUCCAACAGGACAACAUGUAUCGGCGCGACGAGCCGUCGCCACCGCCGUACAUCGCCGUACAUCGCCGUCAUGUGUGAGAAUGUGCGGCUGGGGCAUCAACCUGUGCGCCCCAGUGGCACCGAGCGGGCGUUGCUGAUGAUGGGCCCGGCUGAGGUGCACUGCUGGGUGCAAUUCCUCCGCACCUAG